AUGGGACAGUAUGGCGAAGCUGGACCGCCCCAGGACCAGCCGCGCGGUAUGGCCAAGUGGCUCAAGCCGGAUUUGAUGACGCCGGUGUGGCCGUUGAAACAGCUGUCAGCGAUAGUUCCCGCGCUCAGGAUGGAGCUUUGCCCCGUGGAGUUCGAGUCUACUGUCGUUGUGAUCGAUACGUCGAAUAUCGAUUCGCAGUUCUUUAACGCUGAAAGAAAAAUAUAA